CGUGGUCUCCCCGAAAGGGAUAUCAGUGCGUAUAUGAGUCGUACUUCGAGAAUGAUACGAAGUUAUGGUUUCCGAUACCUCGACUCGUCACCGCCUACACGAUGCGCCGAGGAGUUGCUCUGAGCCAGUUCUUAAAUGGCGCUUGGCGCCUAGCAGUUGCGCUGAUGGUGAUUGGGGCAGAAGCCGGUGCCGCUCUCAGUGUCCGAGCAUUCGAGGAACUGGUUUCGGUGAAGAUCAAUCAGGGCCUGUUGUCGCUAAAGAUACGUCCCAACUACAAUGUGGUAACGGGCUAUCCGUCCAAGACGAACGACUGGCAGCGAUCGUACUUUUACGUCAAGUCCGAUCGCUCGGCUUUCGAGGAGCCGCUGAAGACCGGUUACCGUGUUCUUUGGAACAAUGAAUUUGUCCCUCACUCGAAUACCGCGGAGUACGAGGAAGAUUUUUUGGAGAGUGCUCGGAUCGUCGCGUCUCAAAGGCAAGAUCUUUGGGAGAACUUCUCGUACGGGAGGAUUCGCAGGUCGGCUGAUCGGAUUAGACUACGUAAGUCUCUCCUCCUUUCCUUUUGUUCGGUUUCCUCAGGGAUCCUAAGUCGCCCCCCCCUUUUUGUCCUUGCAGAGGUUUGGCGUUCGGAUACUGUUCCGAUUAUCACCAAGAAAUCGAAAAGAAUCAACCUGUUCAACAAGGCCGAGCAGACGGAGAUCAAUCGGGCCAGAGUUAUGAGGGAAUUGCCGGAUCUGAGCUUGGUGGUUGGGAAGCAACUUGGGUUUGUGGAGCCGGACCAAAACUCCAACGCAAACUCACCUAAUCUCGAGGAACCUAAUGCGACUGAGUCAGAUGAGGCUCAGCUCGUGAGGAAAACGGGGAACAAGAGAAAAGAGAGGGAAGGCGCUUCUUCCGAGGGGAAACAGACCGAGGAGACUUCCACCGGUGGGGGUGCCAGGUCGGAGAAGAAAAGGGCGCGAAAGGAUUUCGCAGAGGCUCGACCUUCUUCUGUGGAGGAAGGGGAGCUCCAAGCCUUGGAGCCUAGUAACGGCUCUCGAGACGACGCUCUCCCGAAUCCAUCUCCCGGUGGCGGUCAAGCGGGUGAGCAUCAAGAGACUUCUUCUAAAGUGAAGAAGAAGUCGAAAAAGAACAAAAAGAAGAAUAACGGCGGAUCCUCGGGGCAGGAGGGGGCGCCCGAGAAGGAGACCGUGGGAGCCCCGACUGCUGCCGUUUCUCUCCCAAAGGCGGCGGUUCGCGAAGAUGCCGGGGGAUCAAGCAGGUCCGCUCCGAAGGCUCAGGAGAAGGACGUUGUGCCGAAGGACCUUCAGGGGUUUUGUCCGGACAAGGUCGACUUUAUCUUUAAGCGGGAUACUCCUCUUGUUUGCAACGAGAGGGACUGUGCUCGCUUUGUCCGCCAAGUCCGGGGGAGCAGAAAGCAUCUCCCACUCGUCAAGGAUCUCGUCUUCCAAGACGAUUACACCGCCGCCGCCGGUUCUUCGGUUAAGGUAAGGAUAGUUUUUGCGUUUCGUCCGUUCCUCGUCUUUUUCCUAACUUGGUUGUCUCACUCUCUCUUUGAUGUGCUGCAGAGCCAAGGGGAUUGGAAUGAAGUCGUCCGUAAGUACGACGAGGAGCUGAAGAGGACCUAUGGUGUGAUCGAUAGGCAGCGACACAACACCAGGGAAGCGACGCAAGCCCUAGAGGUCAUGCUUCGCAAGAAAAACGAUGCGGUCAUCCGGGAAGAGGCCAUGAGGGAUGAGCUCCUCCAGAAGGAGACGGCUAUGAACAAGGAGCUGAAGCGAGCCCGGGAGUUGGUUAAGACACUCGAGAAAGAGAAAGCCAAGUUGGCAGACGAGAAGAAGAUCCUCGAGGAAGAGAGGGCUGCCGCUGCCAUAGCGCAUUCCAAGGAGAUGGAUCGUCUCCGAGAGUCGCGCCGCUAUGAGGUUACUCACGAGCGGAUCCGAGUGAUGGCUGUGAUGCACGGAAAGGCUGCUGCUCGCUUCCAGAGGAUUCGAGAGCGGGAGACUCGUCGCGACAGUUUUGAGGAUGCGAGGUGUAUGCUCGGACAGGCUCGCGGAAUGAGACGUUGUCUUGAAGGGAUGAAGGCAACAGGUAAAAGCAUCUCUCAAGGAGAUAUCGAUACCUAUGCCGAGCAAGAGAAAUAUUACGACGCGGAGGUGAAGCGUUUGGUCGUAGACGAUCUUGCUGAGAAGGACCUCUCUUUGUCCCCUCUUGUGCUCGAGUCGAGGUUCGUCAUCCAAGAGAUAUUGGAUAAAGUCGACAAGUACGGGUCGAACAUGGACUUGCUCGACUCUGAGGCUGCCAGGGCUCUUCGCACUCCACUCAGGGGACCAGAGGAUCAAUCCGAAGGACCGUCGAAGAGCCUUCUCGAAACCGUCCAGUCGCCAGCUCACCCUGACGCCAUCCUUCCGGAAAAUGCUCCGGUGGUCGAAGAAACGACCAAGCCAGCUUCCGAGGUUCCGAUCUCCGAUACGCCGAUCAAGACGGUGGAUAUCACCGAUUCGCCGUCGCUUGAAGUGUCAGGCUCUGGCGUGAGCGGGGAGCGCUCCGAGGAAGAUCCCCUUGUCUCGGGAUGACUUUAAAUGUUUGUUGUAUCCGUUUUUCGGCCUUUCGGCCUUGUUCGUCUAAAACUUAUUUCCUUUUCUCGGCUAAGGCCUUUGUUGUAUGGAUUUGGUGCCUUCGGUUUUAUUUUUAGGCAAAUGUUUCCUCA